AUGGCUUUCGCACCGUUGCUGCAUCAAGAAAACCUCAAAGAAGUGCUUGAGGCGGGCCUUCUCCAGCUAGGAGGGUUUGCAGCACUUUCAGGGAUUCUUCUGCAUACAACCAUCUUUCGGAUGUACUUUUGUGUAGAAAAUCAUAUCUAUAAUCUAUUGGGGCUCUACGCCGCGACCGUCCUAUCGUUAUUCUAUGCAUACUUCACAAUCAUGGUGCUUCCUCCAAUCCAAAUUCUAGGAAGAGUUGCCUUGCUCAUCACUUCUUUCAACAUCGGCCUCGUUGGUAGUAUCAGCAUAUACCGAUUGUUCCUCCACCGACUUCAUCCUUUCCCCGGGCCCUUCGCAUGCAAGCUCACUCGGUUCUAUAGCGCCUUCCUAGCGGCAAAGCAUAUCCAAUACAAUGUGGAACUCAAAAGGCUCCAUGAGCAGUACGGCGACUUCGUCCGCACAGGGCCUCGUGAGAUCUCCAUUCUCCGAACUGCAGCACUACCCCUAAUAUACGGUCCUCAUACUGAAUGUCGCAAGUCAACCUGGUACGGGCAAUUGGAUGUAGAUCACACGAAAAUAUGCAUGGCUUUAAGCCGCGAGUUCGACGACCAUCGGCGACGAAGAAGGGCCUGGGACCGAGCUUUCAGUAUCAAAUCCCUCAAGGUCUACGAACCCCGUGUCAUAGCGCAGGCGGAGAAGCUCAUAUCGCAGAUCGAAGCCAAUCAAGGAAAACCGCUCGAUGCGACCACCUGGUCCAUGCUUUUCGCCUUCGAUAUCAUGGGAGACGUCGGAUUCGGUAGGGACUUUGGCAAUCUUGCCACAGGGAAUGCGCACCCCGUUAUCAGUGCUGUGCAUGACCAUAUGCGCUUCAUUGGUGUCGUGAGCCACCUUCCGUGGCUUUUGAAUAUGCUGGGUAAGAUCCCCGGCGCGGCGGCUGGAUAUCAGGGCCUCUUUAAGUGGUGCGCUGAUCAGAUUGAGACCAAGCACAAGAGCUGGGACCACGAGAAAUACCCCCAAGACAUCAUGUCCUGGGACUUAAAAGCUUUCAUAGACAACGAUAUUUCGGCCCCACCGUCCGAACCGGCUCUUCAUGAUGACUCCCGUGUGGUGGUGAUAGCGGGCAGCGACACAACCGCCUUAGCCCUAGCAAAUAUCAUCUACUUCCUCGUCAAACACCCCCCAGUCCUCCAAAAGCUCCAAACCCGACUCGACAGCGCAAUUCCGAACGGCCCCCAAAGCUGGACAUACGACAAAAUCAAACCUAUAACCUACAUCGACGACAUAAUCCACGAAAGCCUCCGUUUACGGCCCCCUGUCUCAAGCAGUGGAUACCGUGUAACACCUGCCAAGGGCCUCCAGAUCGACGAAGUCUCCAUUUCAGGCGACGUGAACGUCUUCGUCCCACCGCAGCUAAUCCAAACAGACGAGCGAUACUACAAAUUCUCCAAGGAGUUUAUCCCCGAGCGAUGGGGCGAAAAAAAGGUCGAGUGGGGGACUGACAAGGCGCCAUAUUUCCCGUUUUCUUUGGGUGUAUACGGCUGCGUAGGCAAGAAUCUAGCUAUGCUUAGUCUCCGCGUUGCGUUAUCUACCCUGGCACAACGGUACCAUAUCCGGUUUGCGCCAGGGGAGACCGGGGAGGCAUUUUGGAACGAUGCGUUGGAUACGUUUACCACUUUUUUGCCGCCUUUGCAUGUCGUGUUUCAGCCAAGGAAAGUGUAGAUACGAAAUGAGUCUUGGUACUAUGGCGUUCUUUGAGUUCCUUUCUCCAUUCUUGUGAUAUUCCUGCUAUGGGUAUGUGUAUUCAGCCACGAAGAAUGAAUGAGGUUUCAGCCAUAUGUCUCAAGUCCCUAGUUCUUUCCUAUCAUUCUUCCCUCCACCCCCUUAGUAUCUCCUCGAGUCUCAGAUCACCCAGUAACAAAAAUAAAAAAUAAAAAUAAAAAUAAAAAGCAGUCUUCAGCACAGACCAUCUUGGCUUGCGGGAAUGCACACUCCGAUACGUCCGGAUGAAGCUUUCUCCAAUGCAGCCAAGAAACUGACUUAUUGGCACUGAGGAGAAAGGGACGUCCCGAAUCGAUCGAGUCGGCUUCCCGAAGUGCGACGGUAUCGGUCUGCGAUUGUUGAUCUGUGGCGGGUUUUAUUCGGACUUGCUGGAAUGAUCUGCAUCACGUAGUGGUGUGUUGUAUGGAUAGAUUUGGGGUUAUCGGGUUUGGUGGGUUCGUAUAUGUGGGCUCUAUUGGGAGAUGUUUGGAUGCGUAUCGGGAUCUUAGUGGAUAGUUGGUUAUUUGUGAAGGUUUACUUAAUGGUAAUGAUGUUGUGGUUUGUUGUAUAGAUUCUAGCAUGCUAUACGUGAUCGAGCAGAUUAAUAUAAAAGCACGAGUGAAUUAGAAGCUAUCCCAUAGAAGCACUAGGUAUCAAGA